AUGGCAAAAGCAUAUACGCAAAAUGAGUUUGAUAUGCAGAUGGAAACAGUUGAGAAAGUGGAUAUUCAUGUGAAAAAUUACUUGGAGGAAGUUGGACGAGAAAAGUGGGCUAGGCUUUAUACUACUGUCAACCGAGCAUGGACAAUGACUUCUAAUAUUGCCGAGUCUAUCAAUUCAUCACUCGUGGAUGCAAGAGAAUUACCAAUAAUUGAAUUCUUGGAAGAAGUUAGGUUGUUGUUUGGACAUUGGAAUUGCACAAACCGACAAAAUGGAUCAUAUACGUCCACAACACUUGGGAUAAAAUUCAAUAAAAUGUUAUCUAUUAACAAGCAUAAAUCUGUGUGCAUGAAGGUAAUACCAUCAACCAAAUACGUGCACACAGUGAUUGUUGAAGGGCGGCGUUUCAUAGUUUGUAUUGAAAAGAAAACUUGCAGUUGCAAAGAGUUCCAAAUGGAGGGGAUUCCCUGCCACAUGCUUGGGCUGUCCUUAAGAAGAAAAAUAUCAAACCCGACAACUAUUGCUCAGAAGUAUACCAAUCGGACACUAUGA